CUCCCCCAGUCGGCUGAACUCUCGAAGGUCGGCAAUGAAGAAUUCGCUUGUCCGUAUUGGUACAGUAGAAGGUGAUUUAGUGAAGCGAGCUUUAGCGGCUUUGAUUCGUCCUUCGUCGCAUCACCAGAGGCGCAGAGGCGAUUUCCAGCCUAGGCCGAGCCGGCUUUCGAGAAUGUCGAAAGCAGAGGAUGUAUGAGAUUUAUUUGUUUUACAGGUUUGUGGUUUGGAUGAUACUGUUUGAAGAUUGUGUAUUUUCGGCAGAAAAUACUCCGGCGAUGGCGUCAGAUUCCGGCUGAGGUUGAAGAUGGUGAAUCAAAACCCUAGCUAUGAUGCGAUGCAAUUUUGGUGUGCGGAUGAUCGGAUUGUGGAGGAAUUCGUGAUGGAGCAGCCGAUUCCGCCCAGGAGUUCGCCGGUACUGAGGAGAUUAUCCGGGUUGGAGAGAUGCUUCUGCUUCUGGCCUGUCCUUCGCGGCCCCACUUCUCACUUCAAGCCAGAUCUCCGUCGCUGCGAGUCCCGAAAGCAUACAUCUUCAUUCAAUCCGAUUCAUCAAUCCGAUUCAACAAAGGGGGAUUGUUCAUUAUUUGUUCUUGUGUCUCAGUGUCUCACCAAAAUUCCACUGGAAAUGUCUGCCCUGAGUUGGGGUUGUCUUCUCUUUGUGCUUCUCCUGGCCACCAGUAUUGAUGGUGGGAAAGGGUCUUCUUCUGUGGAUCAGCAAAAACUGGACGCAGUCUUGGAUUUGCCAGGGCUUGGCUUCAAUGUCAGCUUUGCACACUAUUCUGGGUAUGUGACUGUGAACCAGGAGUCUGGGAGAGCACUUUUUUAUUGGUUCUUUGAGGCUGUGGAGGACCCUUCUUCUAAGCCUCUUGUUCUUUGGCUCAAUGGAGGGCCUGGAUGUUCAUCAAUUGCUUUUGGAUUGGCUGAGGAAGUUGGGCCUUUUCAUGUUGAGAAAGAUGGGAAGACCCUAUACUGGAAUCCUUACUCUUGGAACUUAGCUGCAAAUCUAUUGUUUGUUGACUCUCCCGCGGGAGUUGGUUAUUCGUAUUCGAAUACUUCCUCUGAUAUUCUUACUCAUGGCGAUAAAAGGACAGCUGAGGAUUCGCUAGAGUUUUUACUAAAAUGGUUCGAAAGGUUCCCACAAUAUAAAGGGAGGGAGUUUUAUAUCACAGGAGAGAGCUAUGCCGGGCAUUAUGUUCCUCAGCUAAGUCAGGCCAUUGUGAAGCACAACGCUAAUGUAAAAGACGUUGUGAUCAACUUAAAGGGUUUCAUGGUGGGAAAUGCUUUGACUGAUGACUACCAUGACCACUUGGGACUUUUUCAGUUUAUGUGGGCAUCUGGUAUGAUUUCUGAUCAAACGUUUAAGAAGGCGAAUCUUUUGUGCGACUACCAAUCGUUCAUCCACCCCUCGGAGGAGUGCAAUAAGGUUUUAGAUACUGCUAGUGACGAGCUAGGAGAUAUCGAUACCUACAGCAUCUUCACCCCGACAUGUACAGAAAGUUUUAGUAUAAUGAGCAGGGUGUUAAAAAGACGUGACAGGAAGGUUGGUCUUCUGAGGAGAAUCUACGACCCCUGCACAGAGAGGCACUCGACUAUCUACUUCAACCUUCCCGAAGUUCAGAAGGCUCUUCAUGUUCAUACCACUAAUUCCUCGUUUGAAUGGGUAACCUGCAGCGAUGAGGUAUAUGACUUUUGGAAGGAUUGUCCUACAACUGUGUUGGACGUCUAUCAAGAACUUAUAACUGCAGGGCUUCGCAUUUGGGUAUUCAGUGGUGAUACAGACGCUGUAAUCCCUGUCACAUCGACACGUUACAGCAUAGACGCUCUCAAGCUUCCCACUGUUAGUCCCUGGCGCCCUUGGUAUGACAAUGGACAGGUUGGGGGAUGGACACAAGAAUACGAAGGCCUGACGUUUGUUGCUGUACGAGGAGCAGGCCAUGAAGUCGCUCUGCAUAGGCCCAAACUAGCUCUCACGCUCGUCGAGUCUUUCCUGGCGGGAACUUCAAUGCCCGGCCUGCAACGAAUCAGCGACUCGUGAUUGUUUAGCCCCCACGGGGAAGAACGGGAAUAAAAUGGUUAGCAGUUGCUCUGCUAUGAUGUAUGAUGUAGCUGCAGAAAGUUGGUUUUAGAUUGUUGUAGACAUAUCCUUUUGGAUGAUGAUUUGCUUUAAUGCUUUAAUCAAACUCAUCAAUGGAGGGCUCAAGGAUCUGCAGUAAACAACAGAAAAUGAGAAAACAAUACAAAUUGAUCAAUAUAUUUGAGAAAUAAGAUGCA